GAGACACAGGGAGACAGGGGAUUGAACGAGACACAGGGAGACAGGGGAUUGAACGAGACACAGGGAGACAGGGGAUUGACUGAGACACAGGAAGACAGGGGAUUGACUGAGACACAGGGAGACAGGGGAUUGACCGAGACACAAGGACACAGGGGAUUGAACGAGACGGGAUUGACCGAGACACAGGGAGACAGGGGAUUGACCGAGACACAGGGGAUUGAACGAGACACAGGGAGACAGGGGAUUGAACGAGACACAGGGAGACAGGGGAUUGACCGAGACACAGGGGAUUGACUGAGACACAGGGAGACAGGGGAUUGAACGAGACACAGGGAGACAGGGGAUUGACUGAGACACAGGGAAACACAGGGGAUUGGAACGAGACACAGGGAGACAGGGGAUUGACCGAGACACAGGGAGACACAGGGGAUUGAACGAGACAGGGAGACAGGGGAUUGACCGAGACACAGGGAGGCGUCUCCAACUUGUAAUUCAGCGCCACGCCACCGCCGGCGCCCCCUGGAUCGGUCGAUUUCAGAGUCGCCGCCAGCUGCGGAUCGAAUCGAGAUUACCUCUAAAUCCGGAUUAAUCCACUCGCUGCCGUCCAGCAUUCACGGAGCGGGGUGGUGCCGAAACGUCGUCUCGUUACGGUCCGUUGCAUCGUCGCUCAUCAGCGGGCUCUGGGCGGAGCGGCGUCCGAGCCCCAAGCGUGCCCAGUUGUGUGGUGGUGGGGAGGGUUUUGGUGAAAUAUGAUGGCUUUUGUCCGCUGUGGCGGUGUUUUGGAUUUCAUCUCAGACUGAGAGGGGGGUGGUGGUGGCUGCUGCUGCCUUUGGACCGGACCCGUGGCCUGCCACGCUGCGGCCUUUGUCCUCGUGUCGCAGCAGAACGCAGCCCUUAACGCGAUUUUGUUUUAACACAUUUACAAAAAAACGUGGAAUAAUCACCCAAAGGGGGUUAUCGGCACGAAUUAUUAAUCCUACGUGUAUAGAUUUCAUAACGCCUUAUUGCAAAGCGCUUUACGGCAACUGUAACAUUGUACAUAAGGUGAUUGUGGUUGAGAUAAAGUGACGUUAAAAGUGGCGAUAUAAGUCACGGUUUUUGUGUUCAACACCGGACCGCUGCCUUGGGUCAAAUCCACUUCACGCUAAACUGCAUGUGCCGAAGCAAGUUGGGGCAGCGUUGUCCGUGUCAUUGUAUUUUUUAAAGUCCACGCUCCAGUCGCCGCAUUCUCUUUUGCGAGCUGCGCUUAAAGCGUCAGAUCCCUCGUGGGUAAUCCAGCACAGUGUAGUUCGCGCCUGCCUGCGGGAAUAAGUCCGCCGCGUUCCGUGGCUGUGGAGGUGAACGCCAGCGGUUGCCGAUCGAUGUAUCGUCGGCACGGGUGAAUUAUUUUACGAAGGUAACUCGCGCGACGAAGGCACAGGAAGAAGAGGAGGAGCCGACGUUCCGGGGCCGUGGCUGGGCGACACUUUCCUCACGCCCUGAAUUAUUUAAUGUCCCCCCCCCCCCUUUUGCAUGGCAGUGUCUGGUGUCACGGUCUCACAGACUCGUUCACACUGUAGCGAGAGAGAGGUGCGGAUAGGGUUAUAGGAGUUAACAUUUGGACUGCUAUUGAGACGCCUGGGAGGUGUGGGUGUGAGGCUGUGUAGCUUUGUUGUGCAUUACAUGAGGUUUUUUUUUACUUUAGGCUGACCGGUUUUACAACACAGGACCUGUGACUUUACAAGAACAACGUGCUGUAGGAAUACUCUACGGCAGAGUGCUGCAGUGUUACGUGCGGAGAGCCGUAUUAGAAGCCAGAUGCAACAUGACUAACAGGAAUGGGCAUCGGCCGCUGAGGACGCGGCUGGCGGGAGCUGCGGGCCCGUGGCACGCGGCGGCGAUGGAGCGCUCGAGAGAGAUGCCGGCACCCGGCCGCUUCGAGGGCGGCGACACGUCGCGCACUCGCUGGACCCACGAGGAGACGCUGGCGUUGCUCUCCAUCCUCAAGCAGAUGAACGUUGGCGGCGCGAUGGACGCCCGCAACCAGCGCAACACUCCCUUUUUCCUGCGCGUCAUGGAGCUGCUGCGCCAGCGCGGUAUUGCCUGCUGGACCCUGACGCAGGUGCGUGUGCGCUGGAAGAACCUCAAGGCGCGCUACCUGAUGGCGCGGAGGGCUCGCGAGCGUGGCGGGGGAGGUGGCGGUGGCAUAGGGGGAGCGGGCGGUGGAGUGAGGGACCGCGGCAAGGGCGCCUUCGCCUACUUCAAGGAGAUAAACGAGAUCAUCGGAGGGCGACCGUGCGUGGCCGUCACUCGGGAGGGCCACAGGGCUGGUGUCGCUGGGGAUCGGCACGUGGAGCCCGGCGAUCGACGGUGCUACGAGUUCCGGGAGGAAGACCACGUGGAGCCUAAUUUCAAGCAGGAGGCCAUGGAGUCGAAGUCUCAUUCUCCACCGUACUUCGCGGAAGUGGAGGUGUCUGGGUUUACGGAUCACAUGGACAUGGCACAGGGAGUGAAGGAGGAGGUGGAGGAUGAUGUCGAAUCCUACUCGCCCCAGUGCAACUUUGAGGGCGACACCGCAGGCACCGCGUGCAUCGUCCCACGGAGCUGGACGUCGAACGUCGAUGUGACCGGCGAAAGUGCGGCUCCCUCCACGUCGCUGGGCGGCGCCGUCCCACCGCGGCCCUGCAGCGGCGGCGGCGGCGGCAGCUCGAGCGACGGCUCGGGCGCCGGCGACCUGCCGGCGCAGCAGCGCGCGUACCUCGGGGCGCAGGAGCGCAUGCUGCUGCGGCUGCAGCGCAGCAGCCAGGAGGCGUCUUUCGCGUUCCAGCGCGAGCUGCAGGCCGACGAGAUGCGCCUCCUGGAGCCGCACCUGCAGGCGGCCGCCGGCGUCGCCGCCUCCUUCCUGGGCGUCAUGGAGCGCUUGUCGUCGCUGCUCGAGGCCACCGUGCGGGACCUUCCCUUCGCGAGCUCCGCGGCGAUGACGGCGGCGGCCGGCGAUGACCGCGCGCCAUCGUCGCCGACGCCGCAGACUCCGGGCCAAGCGCCCCCCACCUCGAACCAGUCACGCGGAGAACAGGCGGCACCGCCGCGGUCGCCCCCGCACCACCGCCGCCACCACCACCGCCGGCACCACCUUCACCACCUUCACCAUCAAGGGCUGCUCGCGGACGCGGACGUGGACGGGCCCGUUCCCUCGCUGGGUCCGCACGGACGCGCGGCCAACGGAGAUCGAUCCCACGGCGACGAGACGGAGACGGAGACGCCGACGGCGGCUAGUCCUGUGGCGGGCACGGCGGCGGCGUCGUCGGCGGCGAGGAGGGACGCGCGAACCCCACUGCUCGCCACGUCGUCGCCGCCCCGGCGCUUGGGCUACGGAGGACACAAGCUGCCCGCGCGGUUCAGGACGGCCGAGAAGUAGCACUCGCGCCCGCCACGGGUGGGCGUGAUCCGUGCGCUGCGCAGGCGGUUAGAGAGAAAUUGACUUCGGACGCUGAUGGGAAGCAGAUGCUUGUCUUAGGAUGCUCCCAGCCCAGGGUGCAGAGCCACGCUCUGGCUUUCUAGGUUUACCAGUUGGCGGACUGAAGCAAAACACGGGUUGUGGACUGGCUACCACUUGCAUUUCUUGUUGCGUCGUUCAAGUCUGAAGGUGCCUUGGUGAUUCGUGCGCAGAUGUUAAGCGUCUUUUCAACCUCAUCCUAUUACGGUUUGCAUUUACUUAAUAGUGAACACGCUGAAUUGGUCUUAAAAGCACUGUUCUCGUUGCGACUUCUGCUGUAGUGCGGUACCUGUGGCUUGAGCACUUUGACCCCGCAAUCGGAAGAUUGUGAGUUUAAAUCGGAGCCUGUGGAGAACACGGGCCCCUUUCAUAGAGAUGUGGAAUUGACGCCACUGGCUCAUAGCCAAAAUCAUGGAAAUGAACAGCACAACCUAAUCAAUCUCAUUUGAGCAGGGAGACACUUUUGACGGGUUUUUUUUUUACACUUUAGCUGAAAUUCCCCAAGGUUUGGACCAAGUGAACGAGCUGAGCAGAGGAGCUGGCAUGAGCUGGCACGUGGACGUACGCCAGCUGGUCGAGCAGUGAGAGUCGUGACAUGGACCGAAAUUUGACGGAGCUGAAGUUUUCUUGAGCCAUAGUGAGACUUUAUCGUUGCAAUUGUUGGCAUACAAGGUAGAGAAGAAUUGCGUUUUUACUUCAUGUACGUAUUGUGCACCUGUUACACUGACGUUAUUGUUUUCAAUGUUAAAAUUGUAUCAUUGCAACACUGAAUAGUCAGGAUUGGCGGAUGUGUGGAAGGGUUGGACCGUCACGGGGCGUGAACACUAGCUUUUGAAAUUGGCCAUCGUCACGAUUUUUAACUGUUGAGAAAGUAAAACCAAAAAGGUUUUUUUUUUAAUUCAAAUAAGUGCAAACACGAGAGCGGUUGUAGAAAUGCGUGCAAAGAACAAACCUGGCCAAAAAGUGAGAACCAUGCUCCAUCCUCACUGCACACAUUCAUUGUUUUUAGGGGGAAAAGCAGUUUUAUAUUUUUCCCCCCUCUCGCAUAAUGUCAAUAUAAAAAAAAUAGUGGAUAGAGCAGA